CUCCACGCUACGGCUAUUGUUCAUCACGAGUUUAGCCCAACCUACCUAGGUAUCGUUCAGACGAUUUGUCCCUAGUACCUAGGCUUAUAUGGCAAAUGGUUUUCUGCACAUAUUGUGGCCGAGAGUUCACCCGGGCGGAGCAUUUGCAACGUCAUGUCCUCAUCCAUACGAAAGUUCGUCCUUUUACAUGCAAUGUGUGUCACUUAUCCUUCAGUCGCAAGGAUGCCGCUCAAAAGCACGCCAGCACGCAUUCCGAAACGGCGACAAUAAGAUCGGCGCAAUUUGCGUCUGGCCGUAGCUCCUCUCAUGCCUCUGAAAAAGGCCUGCAAGCUGCAUGCCAAAACUGUGCUAAAACAAAGACCAAAUGUGAUCGCCAAAUGCCCUGCGGUCGUUGUCGCCUGAAGAAUCUCUCUUGCCAGUCGCGUACUUCACUUCGACCGCCCCGAGCUACUGACCCGGGACUCACUGUGUCGGCGACGUUAUCGGAUGAUCAGCAGAGACUUGACAGACACGAGACAAUAAACUCUCUGGAGAUUUCGACCAAGGCAACAACCCAAGCUCCGUUCUUGCCUACCGCCGAUCACAAUUUGUACCGGACCACUUCUGCGAGGCAGACACUGAUAUCAAGCUCUCUAACUUCAACUGAUCACCAGUUGGUUCAACCUCCCCAAUUGCAACAGAACCUUUCGGGCUCAGACCCUCCUGGAAAUCAGGGACAAUCGCUCAGCGACAAUUGCCGGAGAAGGCCUGAAAAUCGUCAAAGCCUCUCCAGUUCGGCUGAUUCAAGACAAAUCAGCAGACCGUAUGCGACAACACAAUCUUUGACGCCGAUUUUGGAAGGCUUCGACCUUGAGCCGUUAUUCCCCCAACAAAAUGCCUCAACAACCCACUCCCAGAAUACCAAUGAUGCCACGAAUGGCGGACUUCACGGAGAAGCAAAUGGUCAAAUGUUCUCUCAGCCACAGCCAGAUACGAGUAUGCCCAACAUUCUCGAGGAUGCUAGCCAUAUAUUCUCGCAGUUCGACUGGGGAUGGGAGGGCUUGUUCGCAUCGCAAGCAGCUACUCCAAAUUUCCACACCUUGUUUCUUCCAAUGGACCCUCCUUCCUCGACUCCGUCUCUUCCUACCCAGAGCGUGGUGACCCCUACACGCUCGGCCGAAAACGUCGCUCGUCUAGGAGAUAACUACGCAGAUGCUGCGCCGUGGUCAAGCAUCUCUACUACCACCUGGAGAGCCCAACACUUCAAGGAACAGGAAUACUUCGAAAAUGUCAGACUUGCCGAAACCACGAGGGAGAGAAUGUUGGCAACCGCGCAGAAUUUUUUUCGGUUAACUCUAGACUCGCUUAAUGUCAACUCCAACCCUGGGACUCGAUUUUUGAUGGCAGAUUUGAAACGGUACAGUUCUUCGAGCAUCUUGAUGCUACCCCCAACGCCUAUAUUACAUAUUUACCUCGAAACGUAUUUGACAAGCUUUGAGCCAUAUUAUCCUCUGAUCAACAAACGAUCCUUCGAUCCGAAUGCGAUCGCUUCCGGCAAGCACGAGCAACUUGCCAUCGUCAUGCUAUUGCUAAUGAUAGCUUAUGGCGCCAUGAGGGACCCUGCCAUCAAAGCCCGCCGACUAUCCAUGGGCCUUCUCGAGAUCUGUCGUUUGACAACGCUGCAUCUUCUAGACAAGGAUAACACCAACCCGCGGAGUAUGAUUCUCGCCGAGUGUGCUUUGCUGAGCACCUAUCAAGCAGCCUUCAGUGGCGACAAGUGGCUCAUGGAGUCAAGUUUCGGCCAAAUGCAUCAAUAUUUAAUGCUGUCGAAGCACUCACGCUUCUUUGAAAGAGAUCCAACUACGCCGUACGUUUUGUCCGAUGGAGCAGACGUCGAGCUGCUCUGGCAUUCCUGGCUAGAGAGAGAGUAUACUUCGAGACUCGUUUACAGCUUAGUCAUGGUCGACGCAGAGAUCAGCAUUCUCUGCGACAAAAAUCCAACGUUGACCAUCCCGGACUUGGAGAAAGCUGUGCCGGGCGGCGACGAUCUCUGGCUCGCUCCCGACGCUUCAACUUGGUUUCAGUGCUGGACAAGUGCUUGUGGACCAGACGCGGACACGAAAACUCCAUUUGUCCCAGCUCAAACCUCACUGCCAGAGCUAUUUCAAUCUCUUUUGGAUAACAAGCUCGAUCUUUGGAAACCAAGACUCGAAGUUCUCCACUUGCGUCUCCUUUUGUAUCCCAUUCACAUCUUGACUGCUCAGUUAUGUGAACUUAUGCUCUGUUUCUCCGAAAAGGGACUUGAACCGUUGCGGUUUCCUCCAACUGCAUGCCAUACGUCUUCAACACUGCGCUUCGAAGAGAUCAAGACUCUUCUGCAGACGUGGUGGAGUGUUUUUCGUGGGUUGGACGCCAAUACCACGAGGCAUUCGGCUCUGAAACAGGUGACGGAAAUAUUGUACCAUCUUCUGAACCUGAAGUUGGCUGUGUCUUGGUCGCACAUCGAGCAAUUUUCCUGGACGUUCUCAAAGCAACCCCAAGUCACUCCGCAGUUGUCUGCAACCGCCUUGCGCAGACCCCGAGAAGCCGUCUUUCAUUGCGGUCAGAUAAUGCGUAUAAUACACAACAUGGACACCGAGAUACGUCCAUUAUGGUGGCCAGCCGCGCUGUAUCGAGUGGCUGUCAUUCUCUGGACUCUUAGUAUGGUAAACAGUAUCGAGCGACCUGAGAGUUCAGGUUCUGACAAGCCGUCCGACUUUGCUAUCGAUAGAUGUCCACCGGACGAUCCGACAUGGCAGCUAUUCCUACGACGUGACAAGGGCAGACCAUGUCUUACUGCUGACGAUGGCAGCUUACAGCCUGUAGACGAUGCAAGUACAAUUUUGCAGGUCUGUUCGGAUCCUCUCAGACGGCAUAAGAACAUGUCAUAUCUUGCAGAAUCCCUGCUCGGCGAGCUUGAUAGUCUGGCCAAAUCGCCCCACCUGGCUGCACCACGCGCUCCAGCGGAAGACCGGCAGCAGGAUGGAUGCGAAUGGAUUCUUUGA